GGCGGGGCCGGGGCGUCGGCUGGUCCCGGGAGCUCAGUGCGAAAGUCGCUGCCGCCCGGACACUAUGUAGGAGCAGGCAGGGCCUGGCCGCACCCCCACCUCUCUGCCCGCGAGCCCCGCCGCGCCCCCUUGCCCAGGACACACUGCCUCCCCGGCCUCACCGGACGCCACCAUGAAGAAACAAUUCAACCGCAUGAAGCAGCUGGCCAACCAGACCGUGGGCAGAGCUGAGAAAACAGAAGUCCUUAAUGAAGAUCUCCUACAGAUUGAGAGACGGCUCGACACAGUGCGGUCAGUGUGCCAUCAUUCUCACAAGCGCCUCUUAGCAUGUUUCCAAGGCCAGUUUGGCACAGAUGUGGAUAAACGACAUAAAAAACUUCCUUUGACUGCCCUUGCUCAAAAUAUGCAGGAAGCAUCUACCCAGCUUGAAGAGUCUCUUUUGGGGAAAAUGCUGGAAUCUUGUGGAGAAGCCCAGAAUCUUUUGGCUCAGGAACUCUCUCAACAUGAAGUUUUUGUUGAAAAAGAGAUCAUGGAACCACUGAGUAAUAUUGCAGAGGUGGAUAUCCCAAACAUUCAGAAACAAAGGAAACAACUUUCAAAAUUGGUAUUAGACUGGGAUUCUGUCAGAGCUAGGUGGAAUCAGGCUCAUAAGUCUUCAGGAACUAACUUUCAGGGGCUUCCAUCAAAGAUAGACUCUUUAAAAGAAGAGAUGGAUGAGGCUGCAAAUAAAGUGGAACAAUGCAAGGAUCAACUUGCUGCAGAUAUGUAUAACUUUGUGGCUAAAGAAGGGGAGUAUGCCAGAUACUUUGUUACGUUAUUAGAAGCCCAAGCAGAUUACCAUAGAAAAGCCUUAGCUGUCUUAGAAAAGGCACUCCCUGAAAUCCAGGCCCAUCAAGAUAAAUGGGCAGAAAAGCCUGCCUUUGGAACGCCAUUAGAAGAACAUCUGAAACGAAGCGGGCGGGACAUUGCACUGCCCAUCGAAGCCUGUGUGAUGCUGCUCUUAGAAACUGGAAUGAAGGAGGAGGGCCUUUUCAGAAUUGGGGCUGGAGCAUCCAAGUUAAAGAAGCUAAAAGCUGCCUUAGAUUGUUCUACAUCUCAGCUGGAUGAAUUUUAUUCAGACCCACAUGCCGUUGCAGGUGCCUUGAAGUCCUAUUUACGGGAAUUGCCUGAACCUUUAAUGACUUUUAAUCUUUAUGAAGAAUGGACAAAAGUGGCUAGUGUGCAGGACCAGGACAAAAAACUUCAAGAUUUGUGGAGCAUAUGCCAGAAAUUGCCAAAGCCAAAUUUUGCCAAUUUCAGGUAUCUGAUCAAGUUCCUAGCAAAGCUUGCACAAACCAGUGAUAUUAACAAGAUGACUCCCAGCAACAUUGCAAUAGUGUUGGGUCCUAACCUGCUGUGGGCCAAAACUGAAGGAUCUCUUGCAGACAUGGCAGCAGCAACAUCCGUUCAUGUGGUUGCAGUAAUUGAGCCAAUAAUUCAGCAUGCCGACUGGUUCUUUCCUGAAGAGGUGGAUUUUAAUGUGUCAGGAGCAUUUGUAGGUCCAUCCUCGAACUCAAAUCACUUAUCCCACCCUGGGAAUGACUAUGACACCGGCACUCUGGAAAGGAAGAGGCCAGCCAGCAUGGCAGUGAUGGAAGGAGACUUGCUCAAGAAGGAGGGCUUUGGUGUGAAGCUUAUGGACUUCCAGGCCAGUCGGCGAUGUGGCACACUCAAUAGAAAGCACACCUCCCCCGCUUUCCACCCGCCCCUCCCGCCCACGGAGGGCAGCGCCCUGGCUCCCCCAGCCUCAGAGCCAGCCUUCCACAGCUCUGGGGCUGAAAACAGUGCAGGGGCUGUGGCUUUUCCCACCUCUGCGGCCUUACCUGAGCCAGGGUCCAGUCAAGGGAAUGAUGACGGCAGUGCCCCUAAACCCAAGGAGUCGGUGACUACAGCAACUGCAGCACCCAUGAGGAAUGGGAGUCAAAUACCCACAGGGCAGAACCAAGCCCAACAGGCUAGUAGUUGUAAUCAGCUAUUGGUUGGUCCAUCUCAGAAUUCAGCUGGCCCUAGCCCUCAUACUCUGCGCCGAGCUGUUAAGAAACCUGCUCCAGCUCCUCCCAAACCAGGAAACCCGCCGCCCAUCCAGCCUGGGAAUCAGGGCUCUUCAGGAACACCCCAGCAGCCUCCUUCCAUCUCCCCAAAGCCAACCACUCGGAGUCCUUCUCCUCCGAAUCACCAUGCGGGCCCGGCACCAGGCCAGACUUCCACCGCCCCCCAGCUCUCCACAUCCAGGAGGUACUCGAGCAGCCUCUCUCCCAUACAGGCUCCGAACCACCCUCCUCCACAGCCCCCAACUCAGGCUACUCCUCCGCCUCAGACCAAGCUAAACAGUCCAGUGCCGCCCCAGCCCGCGGCCCCCCUCAGUGAGCAUGGACUGGAGCAGCCGGCUCACAGCCCACCCCCAACCCCGACCCCGCCGGGGACGCCGCCUCUGGGGAAGCAGGGGCCCGCCCCUCAGACAUCUCAGACCCAGGCAUCCAGCAACCCGGAGGUUCCUCAAGCCCAGCAUUCACCUCCUCACACCGGGACCUUACCAAGACCAAGACCCGUCCCAAAACCAAGGAACCGCCCCAGUAUCCCCCCUCCUCCCCACCCUCCUGGAGCUCAUUCAGCAGGGGAUAGCAGCUUUGCCAACCCAGCUCAGACCUCUUCCAAAAUUGUCACUGACUCCAAUUCCAAUGUUCCAGAACAGCUUCGCAACCUCUUUCCUGAAAUUCACAUGGAGCCAGCGAGCAAAGACCUGGCCAGCCGCCUCUUGCUGGACAUUGAGAAUGAUUCAGAGAGCACUGCUUUGUGAAGAACAGCCUCAAGUGCUCUGACCCCUUUCCUUCCUUUUGAGUGGAGCAAGGAAAAAUGAAUUCCUCUCCAUCCAGACCAAACAGUGAAAAGCUUUUGGUGGAGAUAAAAGGCCCUGCUAUGCAGGGUCUUUCCUGCUGUGUAGAAAGAAGAGACAAUGGGACUAUCACUCAAAGCUAAAUGAUCUGGGUCUUGAAAAAGUUGUGUUUUCUUUAGUGGGAGGGGGAAAAAACACCGAAAAACAGGGCUGAAAGAAUCCUGCUGCGGAAACUUACAUAGGAAGCUUUACUUGCUGCUGUUCAUACAGCUGUUCCAAAUGAGUAAGACGCAAUGCAUUAACUAUUUAAUAAAAUACACUAAUUAUGCAAGCCUCCUACUUCCUGCACCUCGGGCUUUUUUCCUGAACUUUAGAUCCUAUGUUAGAAGAGCUGUCUUAAAAGAAAUGUUAUUCUACCUGAUUCAGUGCAGAAUGAUUUCAUGCCCCCUAGUGGUGACUGCUGGAUUUGUCACCCUCUGAAACUCUGGAUGUAUCUCAUAUAGUGCCUUCUGGGACCGUUGGACUGUAGAAAGACGUGUACUGUUCCUUUUUUUUUUUUUUUUUGUUUUUGAACAUUUCAUUGUUACUUGAUAAGGACUGAACAUUAUCCUAGCCUCAUCGUUAAUUUGAAUUAACUGUAUCUUUUGGUUUAUAUGAAACUCAUAUCUCAAGGCAAAAUGUUGGGUGUGUUUGCUUUUAUUGUCAUUUAAACAUGGGACUUGGUAUCUUAGAGAAUUUUUUAAUUUCUCUGGUUCUAAGUCAAAAAAUUUAUAACAUCUCCAAUAAUAAUAACAACAGCAACUUACAUUUACAUAGCACUUUAAGGUUUGUAAAUCCCCAUGAGUAUCUUCUCAAAUCUACCCUGAGAGGUAGGUGUUACUAUCAUCUCCAUUUUACAGAUGAGAAAGGCAAGCUUGGUAAAUGGCUGAGACAAGAUUCAAACCCAGCUCUUUCUGACUCUGUCUAGCAUGCUUUCCCCCAAUUGUGUUGUUUCGUUAUUUCAGUUUAUAAGUUCCUAAAAUUCAUAUUCUUUUUCUGUAUUCCCCUAUUCAAAAUAAUAAUGUCAUUCAUUUCAUCACAGUUCACGUUUGUCAUUUGCUCCUCGGCCCUCUGAGGUGGGUAUUUGCACAUAUUAUCUCUAUUUUAUAUUGAGGCCCAAGGAAAUCACCUGACUUGUCCAGCCCCGAUGGCAAAGCUAGGAUUUAAAGCCAGAUUUUUGACCAAACUAUGGAGUUCCUGUGACACUCAUUGCUGGAGAAUGCAUCGGUAAAUAUUCCCAUCGACUAUAGAAUAAACAAAGGUUACUCUGCCGGCUGCUAA